CAGCACGUCAAGCUUUUAAUCGUCGAAAAUAACAAUCAAUUAUGAGGGAGAAGCAAACAUUUACACCGAUUAUGGUCUAUCGCGUGUCUGGAAGGUUGAAAUUUUAACCAGCGGUGUAAUAUGCCAGCUCUCUGGCAGUCUUCUCAGCGCCCUAUGUACAUUAGGACCGUAUGGGUCGACGGAUUCCGACACGCAAUACUAACGCAAGACGAUCCUCACUUUCAAAAACUGUGUGCUAAGCGUCGGAGACCGCAUUCAUCAGCUAGCAGCGCGAAAUCUACGUUGAGCAGAAACAUAAGAAGCUCAUUGAGUCACCGUGACGAUUUGACGGAUUGUCUCAGAAAAAUUAACUUCGUAAUUAGAAAUGAAAAAGUUCCGGAACGAGUUGAACCACAUAUUGAAAAAUUAAACCUGACCGACGUUGAGAACUGCGAAGACGACUUCAUUAUCAAGGCGUCACCCCAACCUCUGUGCGAUAUCAACAGUUUCCGACUUAAUUUAGAGGUUGAUAACAUGAGGGCUGUUAAGAGCAAUCGCACAGCCAGAGCCGAAGCAAAAGAAAAUACAGAACUGUCAGACAGAGUACUCCAAUGGCUCGAUCUAGCCGGGAAGGUCAAUCUCUUGACACUAGAAAACGUCGAGAGAAUGUCGCAGCCUAGACACAGCUGGCCGGAAAUCCAAAGGCGUAAUUUAACGAAAUCGAAAACAGCAGCAGAUUUGAGGACUAAAGAGGUUAAGCAGAUCGUCGAUGCGAAAACGAAUGGUAUUAUCGAUCGUCAGGAAUUUCACAUGCCGACAUCGGCGAACACGAUCGAGAACUACGCCCGACAGUCACGAAACGUUAAAAGUACGCCACGACACGACACAAGGAUUAAGGAAAACAAAAAGGUCAAAGACAUGAAGGCGAGUGUCAUCGAGACGCGUCAGAAAAUGGCCAACGACAGAAUUGCCGUUGAAAAACAGUACGCGGAAAUGGUCAACAAGAAACUUAUACCGGAUGUUGGUAAAGUGAAGAAACAAGUCCACAUAUUUAUGCCUGAAUCGCUGAAUAAAAAGUUUAACUCGAACACUUCGACUAUUAACGAGAGCGUACUGUCAUUAUCGCAAAAAUCUUAAUGGAAGAACUUGUAAAAUUGUUCCUUACUAUGUACGGCAUAUUUGAAAUAACUUUUUAUGAUAAUCAUGCUAUGAAAUAUUUAAAUUUUUCUAAUUAAAACGUAAUUAAAUUGUUAAAUGCUAUUAAUUGCUUUUAGAAUUUAUUAUAAGAGUACGAAAUGUUUAUCUCUUUGGCUAGUAAAAUGUUUAAUAAAUAGUUUACAGAUUCUUCAGCUA